AUGGAUAAACCCAAGUUCAAGAGAAACUACCUCGCAUGCUUGAACUGUCGCACCCGCAAAGUCAAGUGCGACCUGGGGUCUCUGGAGGCUCCUCAUGAUCCCCCCUGUGCCAGAUGCAAGCGUGAGCGCAAAGAGUGUGUUUUUGCCGAGAGCCGUCGCCGUGGAUCAGCAAGAACUCGCCAGGCCUCCCCUUUGGACUCGCGGCCGGCGGCCCCCAGCACGGGCGAAGCCGUUCCCAGCAAGAAUCACGCUGACGAAAGCGCAAAUACAAGCAAUUCCACCAUGGUGUUUCUGGCCCAUAUCGCGGGCAACUUCGCCAAGGCGGACGAACGCGACAAGAUCGAUGCGUACGAGCGGUUCCAGAACCUGGAAAGCAAGGUGGCCAGCCGUCCGUCGUCAGAGUCGCCGUCCAGCGAAAGACACUCUUUCUCAGAGUCUGCAGACUCGGCCAAGCUACCGUCCAGUGCGUCCACCGACUCGCUGGCAGCAGCCGUCGCAGACCCAUCGUCGCGCAAAGAAGCCUUUGGCCAUGACACCAGCUUGCACCCGCUGCUGAAACAGAGCCGGCUGCAUAUGCCUCCGGUGCGGUCGACGCUGAAAAUUCGGCCGAGGCCCACGUCCAAGCUCGAGGACAUUGAGUAUAUCGGCCCAGAUAAGGUCUUAACGAGCGAGGAAGCCACGCGACUGAUCAGGCUAUUUUUCGUCACGAUGCACCCGUUUUUCCCGUACAUUCCUGCUGAGUUGCAGGAGCCACAGGUAUUGCCUGGCUACCCUAUGCUACUGUGCUCCAUCUUGACCAUCUCGUCGCGCUACCAUCCGCUGGAAGCCCAGAACCGACACAUCGAGAUUCACGAACAGCUGUGGGUCUACUGCCAGCGGCUCAUCAGCAUGACAGUCUGGGGAGAGUCGAGCAGCAGAAGCAUCGGCACGCUGCUGUCGUUUCUGCUAUUUACGGAGUGGAAUCCGCGAGCCAUCCACUUCCGCUGGAGCGACUACGCCAAUAUGCCCGAGGACGAGGGCCAGGAAGAGUACACGGGACUGAGUGCCAUGAAACGGUCCGAGAUCAUGUCCUUCAUGCUUAUUGGUACAGCCACAAGACUGAGCUUCCUGCUGGACGAGCACCCGUUGACGUUUCUGGCAACGCACAUUUCCGAAACGCAUUCGGCAAUCAAUCUGAACAAGCGGUCGAUGCUCUCACAGACCCUGGCAGAGGUCGAUAUCAACGAUCCAAGCUUCGAUUUUACGCCAUUCCAGAAAGCCACCAUCGAACUGUUGCAGUUCACCUCGCUUUGCUAUGAAUCGCUAUACGUGAACAACCCUAAACUGGGGGUUCUUGAUAAGCACCAGAACCUCGCUGUCCUGGACAUUUUGUCUCCGCUUCUGGAAAACUGGUACAAAAAAUACCACAAGCUACUUAAACCGUCCUCGUCACAUAAUCUGCACCAAAAUUACGAGGACUGCGUUUCCGACGCAAAAGUGUACAAAGAAGUGCAUCAUCAGGUCGAGAAAGAGGCGCUCAUUUUGGAUUACUACUACGCAAAGCUGUAUCUCUACUCGCUGGCUCUGAACGACGACACAUCCAUGAAUAUCACCAAUAGCUCGAAAAAGGGCCGCAGUCUGCGAUUGGACGAGCUCGCUAAGUAUUCCAGAUACGUGGAGCUCGCAUACAAGGCGGCGAAAGAAGUGCUCGCCGUUAUGCAGCGUGUCAACAAGCUGAAACUGCUCAAGUACAUGCCAGUCAGAUGGGUGAUCCGUGUGAUCAAGGCGGUAGCCUUUAUUGUCAAGUGCUAUCUAACUCUAACGACAGAUGGGAAGGCGGACUUUUCGCAAUCAGACAAGUCCACGUGCGAAAUCAUACGGUUGAGUGUCAUACCUGUUGAGGAAAUCAUCUUGUUGCUGCAGAAAACCGCCAUUUGCUUGAGAGAUGCCGCCCCCGACGAGCUUCAUCUGUGCACACGAUACUCCACCAUUCUAAUGUAUCUGUGCUCGCAGUUCAAAACCAAAGCCGUGAAGACGCGAGCGGUUGUGGACUACGAGGACGAAAUCAACAACCAAGCGCAAAACGAGGAACAACAGCAAAACUCGUACACAGAAAACCAAGAGUAUCCACAGGCGAGCAACCUUGACCAGCAAAGUUUUGACGACUAUUUCACGAAUCCUUCGGAAACUCUGUUCAACUGGUUCUCAGACAACAACAACCCUGGACUGGACUUUGUAGACCAGUUCACCAAGGAAAUAGAGAACGAGUUCUUGAAAACCGGGCUCGCUAAAUAG